UAGAAAACAAGGAAAGGCAUAUGCUUAGUUAGCAGCGUAGUCUUCAAGUUUGCGUCCAUUACUUCAUUUUUUUGCGUUUUUACUUCUGUUUGCCAAACCGCAUACUACACAUAACUAUUUAUUCCUUUCAGGAUAUAAUCGUCUCAGUGGCAGGGAAAGUUGAAGCUUCUCGGGCUAGCUUAGCUUACUUGCUAAACGUGGAAGUUAGCAAAACAUCGCUAAGCGGAUAUCAAGUAAAGCGUGUAAAGUGUGUAAAAUGUGUAAAGUACAAAUACUGAGAGCGUUGGUGAAUCGGCGACUAGCUGCGGCUGUGGAAGAAAUAUUUGUAUUGAUGGAAAGAACGAUUGCAGAGUACCAGGAGGAACUUUUUCGAACAAAAGAGGAGAACGAGCGACAACGCCAACUACUGGAGAAAUUACAUCUCCAGAAAUCUGAAGUUGUUGUGUUAAACAGAGCAGAUAUCGGUAAAGAGCAUCUUCCCCCUGAGCAGCAGGAGUGGAGCUUCAGGGUGGAGUCACAGCUUCCCCACGUUAAAGACGACGACAAGGAGCUGCAGCCACCCGGCAUUAAGAACGAAGAGGAGGACCAUAGCCUCGGUCAGGAGAAAGACCAUCUCGAAGGACUGCAGGAGUUCCAAGUGAUUGGCGUCACUAUGAAGAGUGAUGAUGAAGACAAAGGUCAAAGAGAGGAAAUAAUAGACGCGGAGCCUCCAUGCAGCAGCUCAACACAAGCACUCGGCCUCCGGGCUCAACUAUCAGAUCGUGAUGACACGACGUCACACUCUCCUGACACUGAUGAUGAAGACUCUGAAACUGAUAUGACAUGUCACACCGACGACACACUUUUUAAAUGCUCUCAAUAUGAUAACUCUUUUGGAAACAACGGAAAUCUGAAAAUACACAUAAGUCACACGGGAGAGAAACCUUUUUCCUGCUCCGUCUGUGGUACAGGUUUUAGCAGAAAAGGAGAUUUGAAAGUACACAUGCGAAUACACACCGGAGAGAAACCUUAUUCAUGUUCAGCGUGUGGUGUUGGGUUCAGACGGAGUGACGAUUUGAAAGUACACAUGACAUUACACACUGGAGAGAAACCUUUUUCCUGUUCAGUCUGCGGUAAAAGGUUUGUCCGAAGUCUAAGUUUUAAAAGACACAUGGGAAUACACACUGAGGAAAAGCUUUUUUCCUGCUCGGUGUGUGGUACAAGUUUUACACGACGUUAUGGUUUGACAAAACACAUGAGAAGACACACCGGAGAGAAACCAUAUUCCUGUUCAAUAUGCAGCAAAAGCUUUAUUGAUCAAAGGACACUUGGAAGACACACGAAAAAGCACACUGGAGAAACGGCUUUUACUUGUUCGGUGUGUGGAAAAGGUUUUAUAGAAAAUCACGAUUUUAAAGUACACAUGAGAACACACACUGGAGAAAAACCUUACUCCUGUUCAGUGUGCGGUUGUGGUUCUGUGCGACAUCAAGACAUGGAAAGACACAUGAGAACACAUGAGAAAGAGAAACCAUAUUCCUGUUCAGUGUGCAGCAAAAGCUUCUGUGACCAAAGUACACUUGAUAUACACAAGAGAAACCACACUGGUGAAUAAAUGUGAGCUGGAUAAGAUUGUCUUAUAAUUACCAGCUUACCAAUCACUAGUGUGUUGGUAAGAACAGCAGCAGGAAAUGAAGGUACGGGGUUUUGACUCAUGCACUCCACUUUGAUGGAUGGAUCAUCAGAGUACAGUAACAGUAGAAAGAAAAUAGAAAAUAUUAGUUGUGUUUUUGGAGACAGUGAUAAGCGCAAACACAGCAGUAGCUAACAUCACAAGUAUUGUAUAUCUCAUUGCCCUCAAUAAAGUUGGUUGACAGUUUUGUAUGAGCUCGUUUUUAAGUCU